AUGUACUGUGCUUCCUAUCCUGUGUCUGCCGGGACCACCAGCAAUAACCUGAUGUAUUGCUACGUCAAAUCGGUGAGUGUGUUUCCACUCUCUAGAUAAAACGUGUGUACCGGUCUGUGUACGUACUGUCUUUGUGAAUGAUUGGAUGUAAUUAGAUGUUCUUCAUUCCUAUUAUCUCUCCUACUCUUGAUAAUUACUAUAGCGGGGGGGGGCAUUCAACUCUUACCCUACGAGGUCCGGAGCCUGCUGGUUUUCUGUUCUGCUUGAAAAUUAAUUUCACCCACUUGUCCCAGGUCUAAAUCAGUCCCUGAUUAGAGGGGAACAAUGAGAAAAUGCGGUGGAACUGGCUUCGAGGACCAGAGUUGAGUUUGAACAUAGAUAAAACAGAGUUCUCUACAUAUCUCUACAUAGUUCUCUUUAUUUUAUAUUCUCUCCAUUAUCUAUAUUCUCUGUCACGAGUUAUCUUCAUUAUCCUCAUGUACACAUAAGACAUGGAAUAAGGCAUAGAUCAUUUAAAUACAUUAUCAAUAUGUUCACUAUCAAUGUAACAAUACCUUAUCAUAGAAUAGUACAGUAUUGACACAUCAAAGUAAGCCUACUCUAUCCACUGUGUGUGGUAGCUGGUCCUUAAUUGUCAUUUAUCACACCAGGGAGUCCAUGCAGACUACAUUCUAUACCAUUCACACCAGGGAGUCCAUGCAGACUACAUUCUAUACCAUUCACACCAGGGAGUCCAUUCAGACUACAUUCUAUACCAUUCACACCAGGGAGUCCAUGCAGACUACAUUCUAUACCAUUCACACCAGGCAGUCCAUUCAGACUACAUUCUAUACCAUUCACACCAGGGAGUCCGUGCAGACUACAUUCUAUACCAUUCACACCAGGGAGUCCAUUCAGACUACAUUCUAUACCAUUCACACCAGGGAGUCCAUUCAGACUACAUUCUAUACCAUUCACACCAGGGAGUCCAUGCAGACUACAUUCUAUACCAUUCACACCAGGGAGUCCAUGCAGACUACAUUCUAUACCAUUCACACCAGGGAGUCCAUUCAGACUACAUUCUAUACCAUUCACACCAGGGAGUCCAUGCAGACUACAUUCUAUACCAUUCACACCAGGGAGUCCAUUCAGACUACAUUCUAUACCAUUCACACCAGGGAGUCCAUGCAGACUACAUUCUAUACCAUUCACACCAGGGAGUCCAUUCAGACUACAUUCUAUACCAUUCACACCAGGGAGUCCAUUCAGACUACAUUCUAUACCAUUCACACCAGGGAGUCCAUUCGGACUACAUUCCAUACAAGUACAGGAACAGACCCUUUGAUAUACAGCUACCCAAAUGUUAAGGCAGCAACCAUGUGUUUGAGUGUGUAAGGGUUAGGAAUGGGCACAUAUGGCUGUGUGUGUCUGGGAAGGGAUAUUACUGUGUGGUGAGUGGGAAUGGGACUGGGUGUGCUUUUCAGUCAGUGUUGUCGGUGUUCAUUUAUUAACUUUGGCAAAGUUUAGAAUCUCUGUGGUUUCAUUGUGACUGAAGUUGAUGAAUGGUGCUGUAGAAUUUCUUUGAUUUCUUUGAUCAUGCAGUUCUUUAAUACAUACUGAAGUGACAUUGACCAUUUACUCUUGACUGUGUGGUCAGUGAGUUUAGUAGCACACAUCAAUGGUCAAUACACCGUGCUAAUGAUCAAGAUCCCUCUUUCAGUUCAGACAGACCUGAGAACACAACAUAUAUCAUUCUAAUUUGACCGUCUACCAUUUUUUUUUGACGUGAAGCAGAUUGCUGCUCUGAUCUCUAUUUAAUUUAACCGUGGUCUGUUUUAACACUGGUCCCUAUAUGGCCCAUUACCAGGCGCUAUCAAAGACUGCUUUGAUCUCUGUAACUAACUAGAACCAGACGUACGCACCAGACACAGACGGGCAAAUUGGCUGCAUGUGGCUAGAGUUGAAUGUGGUGUUAAUACAGGGGGCAGAGGCUGUUGAAUAGUUGGUCAUUACACUCAUGAAAUAUUCCUGUGUAUGAUUGAAAGUAUACAUUUAGAGUGCAACAUGUGGUCUUGUCCUCUUUCAUGUCUUCUCAAUAUAUUUAAGUCCUUUAGUUUUUGUUGCUAUCAGAGAUGCUAACGUAACGCAGAACUAUUUAGUUUUUGUUGCUAUCAGAGAUCCUAACGUAACACAGAACUAUUUAGUUUUUGUUGCUAUCAGAGAUCCUAACGUAACACAGAACUAUUUAGUUUUUGUUGCUAUCAGAGAUGCUACCGUAACACAGAACUAUUUAGUUUUUGUUGCUAUCAGAGAUGCUACCGUAACACAGAAAUAUUUAGUUUUUGUUGCUAUCAGAGAUGCUAACCAACACAGAACUAUUUAGUUUUUGUUGCUAUCAGAGAUCCUAACGUAACACAGAACUAUUUAGUUUUUGUUGCUAUCAGAGAUCUUAACGUAACACAGAACUAUUUAGUUUUUGUUGCUAUCAGAGAUGCUAACGUAACACAGAACUAUUUAGUUUUUGUUGCUAUCAGAGAUGCUAACGUAACACAGAACUAUUUAGUUUUUGUUGCUAUCAGAGAUGCUAACGUAACACAGAACUAUUUAGUUUUUGUUGCUAUCAGAGAUGCUAACGUAACACAGAACUAUUUAGUUUUUUGUUGCGAUCAGAGAUGCUAACGUAACACAGAACUAUUUCGUUGUUGUUGCUAUCAGAGAAGCUAACGUAACGCAGAACUAUGAACAUGUCUCAUAUUGUAUGUGUCUGUCUUCCUUUAGUUGUGUUCUUCACAUAUGGAGAGUCUAAUCUUUAGUGAUCCCUUGAUUGAUGGUUAGUAAAUCAAUGUGGUACUAAAAGAGAACACCAUGAUGACGGUUUAUGUAUGCAUGCUUCAGGGUGUGUGUCGGGGGGUGUUAUUGGGGGACAGCGGGAGACAGCAGGGGUGUGCUGGGGCGGGGGUGUGACCAUUAUUAACGGGUCGCAUACUACGUCCAAGGAGUGUGUGUGUGUGUGUGUUUGUGUGGGUUAUUAACGGGUCGCCUGCUCCGUCCCAUGGUAAGGAGGACAAUUGGCUUUAUCCUGUACCAUAUGCUACCCACGGAGGCUCAGACAGGGCUAGUGUUGUGUGUGUGUGUGUGUGUGUGUGGUGUGUGUGUGUGUGUGAUAAACAAGGCUAGUGACGGCAGGGGCUCCUAUGUUUGGCCUGUUCCCACAUUCACCACAGGACUCGUGCCAGCCAGGGUUACGGUGUGUGUGUGGGGGGGGGGGCGUUGUGUGUAUGGUGUGGUGUGUUGUGGUGGGGGGGGGGGCGUUGUGUGUAUGGUGUGUGUGUGUGGUGUGUGUGGAGAGGGGUUGUGUGUAUGGUGUGUGUGGGGGGGGGGGGCAGUUGUGUGUAUGGUUGUGUUGUGGUGGUGUGUGGGAGAGGGGGGGUUGUGUGUAUGGUGUGUGGUGUGUGUGGAGAGGGGUUGUGGUGUAUGGUGUGUGUGUGUGGGGGGGGGGGGCGUUGUGUGUAUGGUGUGUGUGUGUGUGUGGAGAUGGGGUUGUGUGUUAUGGUGUGUGUGGGGGGGGGGGCGUUGUGUGUAUGAGGUGUGUGUGUGUGUGUGGAGAGGGGUUGUGUGGUUGUUAUGUGUGUGUGUGUGGGUGGGGGGGGUGUUGUGUGUGAUGUGUGUGUGUGUGUGUGGAGAGGGGUUGUGUGUAUGGUGUGUGUGUGUGUGUGUGGAGGGGGUGGUGUUGUGUGUAUGGUGUGUGUGUGUGUGUGUGGAGAGGGGUUUGUGUGUGUUGUGUGGUUGUGUUGUGUGUGUGGUGGUGUGUUGUGUGUGUGUAGAGUUGGUGUGUUGUGUGUGUGUGGUGUGUGGGUGUGUGUGUGUGUGGGUGGUGUAUGGUGUGUGUGUGGUGUGUGAGGGUGGGUGUGUGUUGCUGUGGUUGUUGAGUGAGUUGUUAGUGUGUCAGUCAGGGUUGGUUGUGUGUGUGUGUGUGUGGGUGGGGUGUGGUGGUGUGGUGUGUGGUGGUGGGUAGGUUGUGUGUAGUUGAGAGUUGAGGUGAUUCAUUUAGAUCUACAUGAUCGUGUCAUUACAUUUGUUUAUAUAAUAACAUUUAUGUAUGUGUGUGUUCUGGCAGUUCUUUUCUAGGUGAGACAAAAGUCUCAUACACCUGUGAAACUGUGGUGUGAUCCUGCUGUCUGAAGAGGAUUUAUCCAAUAUGAUUCUGCAGCGUUUUCCACAUGAAGAUCUAUCUAUACCAAUCUAUCCCAACCCUCCCUCCCUCCAGGGCUGUGCGGUGACAGGGAGGAAAUGCUGUUCCCUAAAUCCGGAUGAGGAGAUGCAUGGAUCACCCAGUUUAGGGAUUAACACAAUAGCUCUAAGUCUGCUCCUAUCAACACACUGAUUGUGUGUACUGUACUGUAGUGUACUUUAGUAUUCUGUAGUAUUCUGUUGUGUACUGUAGUGUACUGUAGUAUUCUGUAGUGUACUGUAGUGUACUGUAGUAUUCUGUAGUGAACUUUAGUAUUAUGUAGUGUACUGUAGUGUACUGUAGUGUACUGUAGUAUUCUGUAGUGUACUGUAGUGUACUGUAUAUUAUGUAGUGUACUGUAGUAUUCUGUAGUGUAUUGUAGUAUUCUGUACUGUAGUGUACUGUACUAUUCUGUAGUACUCUGUAGUGUACUGUAGUAUUCUGUAGUGUACUGUAUAUUCUGUAGUGUUCUUUAGUAUUAUGUAGUGUACUGUAGUAUUCUGUAGUGUAUUUUAGUAUUCUGUAGUGUACUGUAGUAUUCUGUAGUGUACUGUAGUAUUCUGUAGUGUACUGUAGUGUACUGUAGUGUACUGUAGUAUGCUGUUGUGUACUGGUUUAUUAUGUAGUGUACUGUAGUGUACUGUAGUAUACUGUAGUAUUAUGUAGUAUACUGUAGUGUACUGUAGUAUGCUGUAGUGUACUGUAUUAUUCGGUAGUGUACUGUAGUGUACUGUAGUAUACUGUAGUAUUCUGUAGUAUACUGUAGUGUACUGUAGUAUUAUGUAGUGUACUGUAGUAUUCUGUAGUGUACUCUAGUGUACUGUAGUAUUCUGUAGUGUACUGUAUAUUCUGUUGUGUACUGUAGUAUGAUGUAGUGUACUGUAGUAUUCUGUAGUAUUCUGUAGUGUACUGUAGUAUUCUGUAGUAUUCUGUAGUGUACUAUAGUGUACUGUAGUGUACUGUAGUAUUCUGUUGUGUACUGCAUUAUUAUGUAGUAUUCUGUAGUGUACUGUAGUAUUCAGUAGUAUUAUGUAGUGUACUGUAGUGUACAGUAGUAUUCUGUAGUGUACUAUACUGUAGUAUUAUGUAGUAAAUUGUAGUGUACUGUAGUAUGCUGUAGUAUUCUGUAGUGUACUGUAGUAUACUGUAGUGUACUGUAGUAUGAUGUUGUGUACUGUAGUAUUCUGUAGUGUACUGUAGUAUGCUGUAAUGUACUGUGGUGUACUGUAGUGUACUGUAGCUUCAGUUCACAGUUCUGGCAUUGCAUUGGUCCAUAGACAUAUACAGUGAGGGAAAAAAGUAUUUGAUCCCCUGCUGAUUUUGUACGUUUGCCCACUGACAAAGAAAUUAUCAGUCUAUAAUUUUAAUGGUAGGUUUAUUUUAACAGUGAGAGACAGAAUAACAACAAAAAAAUCCAGAAAAACGCAUGUCAAAAAUGUUAUAAAUUGAUUUGCAUUUUAAUGUGGGAAAUAAGUAUUUGACCCCCUCUCAAUCAGAAAGAUUUCUGGCUCCCAGGUGUCUUUUAUACAGGUAGCGAGCUGAGAUUAGGAGCACACUCUUAAAGGGAGUGCUCCUAAUCUCAGUUUGUUACCUGUAUAAAAGAGACCUGUCCACAGAAGCAAUCAAUCAAUCAGAUUCCAAACUCUCCACCAUGGCCAAGACCAAAGAGCUCUCCAAGGAUGUCAGGGACAAGAUUGUAGACCUACGCAAGGCUGGAAUGGGCUACAAGACCAUCGCCAAGCAGCUUGGUGAGAAGGUGACAACAGUUGGUGCGAUUAUUCGCAAAUGGAAGAAACACAAAAUAACUGUCAAUCUCCCUCGGCCUGGGGCCAUGUACCGUCAAAUCUUGGGUGAGAACCUCCUUCCAUCAGCCAGGGCAUUGAAAAUGGGUCGUGGAUGGGUAUUCCAGCAUGACAAUGACCCAAAACACACGGCCAAGGCAACAAAGGAGUGGCUCAAGAAGAAGCACAUUAAGGUCCUGGAGUGGCCUAGCCAGUCUCCAGACCUUAAUCCCAUAGAAAAUCUUUGGAGGGAGCUGAAGGUUCGAGUUGCCAAACGUCAGCCUCGAAACCUUAAUGACUUGGAAAAGAUCUGCAAAGAGGAGUGGAUCAAAAUCCCUCCUGAGAUGUGUGCAAACCUGGUGGCCAACUACAAGAAACGUCUGACCUCUGUGAUUGCCAACAAGGGUUUUGCCACAAAGUAGUAAGUCAUGUUUUGCAGAGGGGUCAAAUACUUAUUUCCCUCAUUAAAAAGUAAAUCAAUUAAUAACAUUUUUGACAUGCGUUUUUCUGGAUUUUUUUGUUGUCAUUCUGUCUCUCGCUGUUCAAAUAAACCUACCAUUAAAAUUAUAGACUGAUCAUGUCCUUGUCAGUGGGCAAACGUACAAAAUCAGCAGGGGAUCAAAUACUUUUUUCCCUCACUGUAUUAACAUGUAUUCAUAGGCUUUACUGUAUAUGUAUUUAUACACACUGAGUAUACCAAACAUUAGGAACACCUUCCUAAUAUUGAGUUGCACCACCUUUUCCCUCAGAACAGCCUCAAUUCGUUGGGCCAUGGACUCUACAAGGUGUCGAAAGCAUUCCACAGGGAUUCUGGCCCAUGUUCACUCCUAUCCUUCCCACAGUUGAUUGGCAAGAUGGCGCCAACAGACAUGGCAGCUCUGCUUCUAGCUCCUAAGCAACUUUGCAGUAUUUUGUUUUUUUGUGUGUUAUUUCUUACAUAAUUAGCCCAGAUUUUUUUUUGUGUUAUUGCAUACAGCCGGAAAUAACUUUUGGAAAUCAGAGCGGUGGUAACUCACCAACAUUACGACCAGGAAUACGACUUUCCCGAAUUGGAUCCUUUGUUCGUACCCCCCAGGGCAAUUGAACUUAUCCCAGAGGCUGCUCCAAGAUGCAGUCGGCGGAGAAGAGGUAUUCGGAGUGGACUUCUAGUCCGACUCAGGAGGCGUGCACACCAUCCACCGCUUCCGAGUAUAUUACUCGCUAAUGUUCAGUCUCUGGAAAAUAAAGUAGACGAACUCAGGGCGAGGAUUUCCUUCCAGAGAGACAUCAGGGACUGUAACAUACUCUGUUUCACGGAAUCAUGGCUCUCUCCGGAUAUACUGUCCCCGUCCAUACAGCCAGCUGGGUUCUUAGUACAUCGCGCAGACAGGAAAAAAGAACUCUCCGGGAAGAAGAAAGGCAGUGGUGUAUGUUUCAUGAUUAACUACUCAUGAUGUGAUUGUGAUAACAUACAGAAACUCAGGUCCAUUUGUUCACCAGACCUAGAAUACCUCAUAAUCAAAUGCCGACCGUAUUACCUACCAAGAGAAUUCUCUUCGGUUAUAGCCACAGCCGUGUAUAUUCCCCCUCAAGCCGAUACCACGACGGCCCUCAAGGAACUACACUGGACUUUAUGCAAACUGGAAACCACAUAUCCUGAGGCCACAUUUAUUGUAGCUGGGGAUUUUAACAAAGCACAUUUGAGGAAAACCCUACCGAAGUUCUAUCAACACAUAUGUAGUACUCGCUCUGGUAAAACACUCGACCACUGCUAUUCCCCAUUCCGGGAUGCCUACAAGACCCUCCCCCGCCCUCCCUUCGGCAAAUCCGAUCACGACUCCAUUUUGCUCCUCCCUUACUAUAGGCAAAAACGUGAACAGGAAGUACCCGUGCUAAGGUCUAUUCAACGCUGGUCUGAUCAAUCGAAAUCCAUGCUUCAAGAUUGUUUUGAUCACACGGACUGGGAUAUGUUCCGGGUAGCCUCUGAGAAUAACAUUGACAUAUACACGGACACGGUGACUGAGUUCAUUAGGAAGUGUAUAGGGGAUGUUGUUCCCACUGUGACUAUUAAAACCUACCCAAACCAGAAACCAUGGAUAGAUGGCAGCAUUCGCACAAAACUGAAAGCGCGAACCACCGCAUUUAACCAUGGCAAGGUGACUGGGAAUAUGCUUGAAAACAAACAGUGUAGUUAUUCCCUCCGUAAGGCAAUCAAACAGGCAAAACGUGAGUGCAGAGACAAAGUGGAGUCGCAAUCAACGGCUCAGACACGUGAGAUAUUGUCACGAUCGUCGUUAAUAGAGGAGGACCAAGGCGCAGCGUGUUGAGCGAACAUACUUUAAUUAGUUAAAGUGCAAACACGAUACAAAACAACAAAACGACUCGUAACGUCCUAGGUAACAAUGACCAGCUGGAACAAAAACCCACAAACACCAAGGGAAAACAGACAGUUUAAAUAUGGCUCCCAAUCAGAGACAACCAGCCACAGCUGACACUCGUUGCCUCUGAUUGGGAGUCACUCAGGCCAACAAAGAAACAGAAGAACUAGAACCCCCAACAUAGAAAUACACCACAUAGAAUGAACACACCCUGGCUCAACAUAUAGAGUCCCAGAGCCAGGGUGUGACAGAUAUGUGGCAGGGUCUACAGACAAUCACGGAUUACAAAGGGAAAACCAGCCACCGACGUCUUGCUACCGGACAAACUAAACACCUUCUUCGCCCGCUUUGAGGAUAACAUGGUGCCAUCGACGCGGCCCGCUCCCAAGGACUGUGGGCUCUCAUUCUCCGUGGCCGAAGUGAGUAAGACAUUUAAGCGUGUUAACCCUCGCAUUGCUGCCUGCCCACCCCUGUCAUCAUGAAGUGCUAUGAGAGGCUAGUUAAGGAUCAUAUCACCUUUACCUUCAAUUUGCUUACCGCCCCAAUAGAUCCGCAGAUGAUGCAAUUGACAUCGCACUGCACACUGCCCUAUCCCACCUGGACAAGAGGAAUACCUACGUAAGAAUGCUGUUUAUUGACUAUAGCUCAGCCUUCAACACCAUAGUACAAGCUCAUCAUUAAGCUUGGGGCCCUGGGUCUGAACCCCGCCCUGUGCAACUAGGUCCUGGACUUCCUGACAGCCGCCCCCAGGUGGUGAAGGUAGGAAACAACACCUCCACUUCGCUGAUCCUCAACACAGGGGCCCCACAAGGGUGCGUACUCAGCCCCCUCCUGUACUCCCUGUUCACCCAUGACUGCGUGGCCACGCACGCCUCCAACUCAGUCAUCAAGUUUGCAGACGACACAACAGUAGUAGGGCUGAUUACCAACAAUGACGAAACAGCCUACAGGGAGGAGGUGAGGGCCCUGGCAGAGUGGUGCCAGGAAAAUAACCUCUCUCUCAACAAAACGAAGGAGCUGAUCGUGGGCUUCAGGAAACAGCAGAGUGAGCACGCCCCUAUCCACAUCGACAGGACCGCAGUGGAGAAGUUCCUCGGUGUACACAUCACUGACAAUCUGAAAUGGUCCACCCACACAGACAGUGUGGCGAAGAAGGCGCAACAGCGCCUCAGAAACCUGGUACAGAAACCUGGUACAGAAACUGCACCGCCCACAACCGCAGGGCUCUCCAGAGGCUGGUGGGGUCUGCCCAACGCAUCACCGGGGACACACUGCCUGCCCUCCAGGACACCUACAGCACCCGAUUUCACAGGAAGACCAAAAAGAUAAUCAAGGACAUCAACCACCCAAGCCACGGCCUGUUCACCCCGCUAUCAUCCAGAAGGCGAGGUCAGUACAGGUGCAUCAAAGCUGGGACCGAGAGACUGAAAAACAGCUUCUAUCUCAAGGCCAUCAGACUGUUAAAUAGCCAUCACUAGCCGGAUAUCACCCGGUUACUCAACCCUGCACCUUAGAGGCUGCUGCCCUAUAUACAUAGACAUGGAAUCACUGGCCACUUUAAUAAUGGAACACUGGCCACUUUAAUAAUGUUUACAUACUGCUUUACUCAUCUCAUAUGUAUAUACUGUAUUCUAUACUACUGUAUUUUAGUCAAUGCCACUCUGACAUUGCUCGUCCUAAUAUUUAUAUAUUUCUUAAUUACAUUCUUUUACUUUGAGAUUUGUGUGUAUUGUUGUGAAUUGUUAGAUACUACUGCACUUUUGGAGCUAGGAACACAAGCAUUUCGCUACACCCGCAAUAACAUCUGCUAAAUAUGUGUAUGUGACCAAUACAAUUUGAUUUGAUUUGAAGUUUGCUGGAUGUCCUUUGGGUGGUGGUCCAUUCUUGAUACACACUGGAAAUUGUUGAGCGUGAAAAACCCAGCGGCGUUGCAGUUCUUGACACAAACCGGUGCGCCUGGCACCUACUACCAUACCCCGUCCAAAGGCACUUAAAUCUUUUGUCUUGCCCAUUCACCCGCUGAAUGGCACACGUACACAAUCCAGGUCUCAAUUGUCUCAAGGCUUCAAAAUCCUUCUUUAACCCGUCUCCUCCCCUUCAUAUACACUGACUGAAGUGGAUUUAACAAGUGACAUCAAUAAGGGAUCAUAGCUUUCACCUGGAUUCACCUGGUCAGGCUAUGUCAUGUUCCUAAUGUUUUGUCCACUCAGAGUUUAUGUGCUUAUAUACAUACUUUUGGUCUCUGGUCUCUACAAUGCCAAUGAUCUCUUCCAGCGACAAAGUCAUUGUUUCAGUAUUAUAGAUGUUUAGUCGAUCACAAUCUUUAAAUUUAUCUGUUUUUUCCCCUCUUCUUCGCAGGUCUACGAUCAAUCUCCACAUCAUGACGACCUCAACCCUGACUCCUCCUCACACUCCUCCUCCUGCGGCGAACAACAGGCGAGCAACAGUUCACCCGACACGUGGAACACCAAUGGAAUGGAUCAGACUGGCUACAGAGGAAUGGGAGGGUCUUCAGCCCACCAAUCAGGGUGCUACAGUAACCCGCAACCAUCACAUAAUCACCUGGUAAGUAAAUAGUUCAUUUGUCGUAUGAUUACUCACAUUAAAAACAGUCAGAAAGUUUGGGACAAAUAUGUAGGAAUAUACUGUAUACACACUGAGUAUACAAAGCAUUAGGAACACCUUCCUAAUAUUGAGUUGCACCCCCCUUUUGCCUUCGGAACAGCCUCAAUUCGUCGUGGGCAUGGACUCUACAAGGUGUUGAACGCGUUCCACAGGGAUGCUGGUCCAUGUUGACUCCAAUGCUUCCCACAGUUGGCUGGAUGUCCUUUGGUUGGUGGACCGUUCUUGAUACACACAGUAAACUGUUGAGUGUGAAAAACCCAGCAGCGUUGCAGUUCUUGACACACUCAAACCGGUGUGCCUGGCACCUACUACAAUACCCUGUUCAAAGGCACAAAUAUUUGGUCUUGCCCAUUCACCCUCUGAAUGGCACACGUACACAAUCCAUGUCUCAAGGCUUAAUAUUUCCUUCUUUAACCCGUCUCCUCCCCUUCAUCUACACUGAUUGAAGUGGAUUUAACAAGUGACAUCAAUAAGGGAUCAUAGAUGUCACCUGGACUCACCUGGUCAGUCUAUGUCAUGGAAAUAUGUUUCUGAUGUUUUGUCCACUCAGUGUAUAUAUAUGUACUGUAAAGUGCUGCACCGUCACCAAGACAAAUGUAACAUGUGUAUGUUUGGUUGUUUUGCAGGUCUAUUCUCCCCAUUCAGUCUCACCUGUAGAGGUGAACAGGGGUCUUCCUCCCAUGUCUACCUUCCACCGUAACGACCCUGCUUCAUCUCACUCCCUGUCAGCCGACAGCUCAGAUAACUCCACAGGAAACCCCGCUACAGGAGGGUCUCAGACUGGAGCAGCCCUGGGGAAAGCACUGGCUUCUGUAUGUACUGGGACUGCUUACAAAGCCAACUUCAAAGUGAAGAGACAUUUUCUCUAGCCACAAUGACAAAUAGGGAAAUGUCCCUAGUGCAACAGACCACUGCGUGCCGUUAUUAUUAACCCAGCCCUGGGCCAUGCUGCUGGGCUGCUUGUUGACCGUCUAUCCAACCAGUCAAAUAUUAUUUAGUCAGCUCGGGUUACGAGCCACGCUACUGAGGUGGUGGUUGUAAAACCGCACAGAGAAAUGACAAGGGAUGCUUUUAUAAUGAUGCAUGGAGUUGCUACUCACGGUCCUCUACCCCUCCUCUACCCCUCCUCUACCCCUCCUCUACCCCUCCUCUACCCCUCCUCUACCCCUCCUCUAUCCCUCCCCUACCCCUCCUCUAUCCCUCCUCUACCCCUCCUCUACCCCUCCCUCUACCCCUCCUCUAUCCCUCCUCUACCCCUCCUCUAUCCCUCCCCUACACCCUCCUCUAUCCUCCCUACCCCUCCCCCUAAAACCCUCCUACACCCCUCCCUAUAACACCCACACCCUAACACCCCCCCUACCUCCCUACCCCUCCCACCCCUCCCUAACCACACCGCUAACACACCCUCUACCCGCCCCUCCUACUACCCCUCCUCACCCCACCCCCCGAACCCCUACCCCUCCAUACACCCCCCACGAACCCUCCACCGUACAUCGCACCCUCAGCCAAUACCAACCCUCCCUACCUUCGACCCCCACCUCACCCCCCCCCCCCACACCCCCCCCACCACCCCGUACUAAUCCCUCCCAUCACCCCCCCUACCCACCGAACCCCUACCCACCCACGCACCUCCUCACCCCCACGCCUAACCCACUCUACCGCCUACCUCAUACCCCAUCACUCUAUCCCCUCCUCACCAUACCCCUUGACCCCCCUACCCCUCCCUACCCAUCCUCUACCCCUCCUCUAUCCCCGCUCUACGCCCUCCUCUAACCUAACCCCUCCUCUAUUCACCGUCCCUACCCCUCAAUCCUCCUCUACCCCUCUCGACCCCUCCUCUCCUCUACCUCUCCUCUACACCCUCCUCUAUCCCCUCUCUCUCCCUUCUCUCUCCUCCUCUACCUUUCUUCUUUCUCUUAUCCUCUAUCUCUUCUUCUUCUUCUUCUUCUUCUUCUUCUUCUUCUUCUUCUUCUUCUUCUUCUUCUUCUUUUCCGCCUCUCCUCUUCUGUCUGUCUGUGUUCAGAUCUAUUCUCCUGACUACACCAGCAGCAGUGAAAACUCCUCCACACCAGAGAGGUCUCCAUCUCCACACACAGGGUCUGCAACUGGUCCCCCAGCUAACCAGUGGCGCACGUCCGCUCAGGCGUCUCUCUCCCCCAGCUACGAGUCUUCUCCUAUAUCACUGGUAAGGACAUGGAGCUCUGUGACAUCAUCUUUGUGAGUUUGAUAGGUCACGGAGACUGUUCAAAUACUGUACUCACACAUUCUAUCAUUGAUUUUGUCUGCUGGAGUCACAUUUUUUGUAAAUGCUGCUGUCUUUGAAUUGAUCCAACUCAUCUGAAACAUAUCUUAUUUUAAUUUAGCCUCAAUCACUGUAAUGUUUCAUUCUCAUCAUAACAAUAACACCCCCUCACUCCCUCCCUCCCCCUCCCCUGUCUCUCUAGUCUCAGUUGGAGGAUCGUCUAGACAGACUGGAUGAUGUGAUCUAUGUUCUGCAUAACCAUGCGGCGGGACCCAUCCCCAGCCUGCCCUCUGACAUCCACAGCCUGUUGAACCAGGCUCACCAUGGACACAGUCACAGCACCCCGCUAACAGGCGCACACCAUGGACACAGUCACAGCACCCCGCUAACAGGUGCACACCAUGGACACAGACCCACCGUAGCACAUGACACAGCCAUGGUGAGACCCAUUCAUUACUUUUGAAAGUGUUUCAGGUUGUGUCUGUUUUAUGUAUGGGAAGUGUGCCGGGAAAGGCUAUUGGUGUGUGUGUGUGUGUGUGUGUGUGUGUGUGUGUGUGUGUGUGUGUGUGUGUGUGUGUGUGUGUGUGUGUGUGUGGGUGUGUGCAGGGUUUGGUUUGGUAGGUAAAUUUCUAAAUGUAAUCCGUUACAGUUACUAGUUACCUGUCCAAAAUUGUAAUCAGUAACGUAAUUUUUGGAUUACCCAAACUCAGUAACAUCAUCUGAUUACUUUCAGUUACUUUUGGAUGACUUUCCCCUUAAGAGGCAUUAGAAGAAGACUAAAAGGAUCCAUCAAACUCAUUUGUUGUGUCAUCAUAGUGGUCUCUGAUUGGUGGUCAUCAUUUGGUAUGUCAUCAUAGUGGUCUCUGAUUGGUGGUCAUCAUUUGGUGUGUCAUCAUAGUGGUCUCUGAUUGGUGGUCAUCAUUUGGUGUGUCAUCAUAGUGGUGGUCUCUGACUUGUGGUCAGACUCAGGUGGAAAAACUUAAACUUCUGUUUUUUUUCCAAUGCUUAAUUGAAUGUCAUUGAGAAAACAGAAAUCUGUGUGUGCCCUGCCACCACUGCUCUACCAAUCACACCAGACACACUCCAGCUAUGGUACGCAUAUUUUCCACAUGUCAUUUUGACAUAUUUUCCACAUGUCAUUUCGACAUAUUUUCCAUGUCAUUGUCAUUCCUGACAUAUUUUCCAUAGCGGGAGGGUUUUUUCUUCUGGAAAUAGAGAACAAUGGGGAAUGCCGCAUUUAAUUUAAUUUGCUGCGGGUCUGAAAAGUCUAUCUAUGUGUGGAUACUGACCAGGUAACGGUACGGACAGGAGGAAGGGCACUGCCUCCACCAUGACACUUACACAGCAGUGUCAGACCUGGGUUCAAAUAGCAUUUGUUUUCUCUCAAAUAUUCUAACUGCGCUUGAUUGAUAUUGCCUGGUAUAGUGGAGCCAAUAGAAUAGUUCCAAAAAGUGCAAACCCUGCCCGUCUGGCACUUCAGGCAGUCUCAAUCAAAUGCUUAAAGUGUUUGAAAGAAAACAAAUACUUUUUGAACCCUGGUCUGUGUGUUAGGCCUACUCAGACAGAGGACAGAGUAAUGAGAGUAGGCCUACAUUACAUUAAGAGGAUAUGAGGCCGUUUACUCUAAUCCCUAGGAGGGGUAUUCAAUUCAUUCAGUCACUUUUUAUUUUACAGGGAUAUGUGUCAGUUUAAAAAUGAAUCAUUCCUGAAAGGAAUUAAGGGUAUGUUUAGGGGAGUCAUGAGGGAGGGAUUGGGAUUUUUCUCUGAAUCCAAUUCAUUCUGUGAGAGAAACAGAUCUAUUUGUGGAAAAUGGAAGGUUGUUGGUUUAGUUACCUAUUUGUCAUUGGGGGUAGCGUCAAGGAAAUGUUACAUUUAGCAGACGCUCUUAUCCAGAGCAAUUAGGGUUAAGUGCCUUGCUCAAGGGCACAUCAACAGAUUUUUCACCUAGUCGGCUCGGGGAUUAGAACCAGUGACCUUUCGGUUACUGGCACAACGCUCUUAACCACUAAGCUACCUGCCGCCCAUACGUUGAAGGCAACGUAUGUGUAAUGUAUUUUUUAUAUUGACUGUUUCCCCACUAAGUAGAUGAUAAUGAAAUACACUACAUGACCAACAGUAUGUGGACACCUGCUCGUCGAACAUCUCAUUCCAAAAUCAUGGUCAUUGAUAUAGAGUUGGUCCCCCCCCCUUUGCUGCUAUGACAGCCUCCACUCUUCUGGGAAGGUUUUCCACUAGAUGUUGAGCCAUUGCUGCGGGGUCUUGCUUCCAUUCAGCCGCAAGAUGGCGCCGACAGACAUGGCAGCUCUGCCUCUAGCUCCUAAGCAACUUUUGCAGUAUUUUGUUUUUGUGUGUGUUAUUUCUUACGUUAUUAGCUCAGAACGUUUUUUUGUGUUAUUACAUACAGCCGGAAAUAACUUUUGGAUAUCAGAGCGGCGGUAACUGUUCCAAGAUGCAGUCGGCGGAGAAGAGGUAUUCGGAGUGGACUUCUAGUCCGACUCAGGAGGCGUGCACACCAUCCAUCGCUUCCGAAUAUAUUACUCGCUAAUGUUCAGUCUCUGGACAAUAAAGUAGACGAACUCAGGGCGAGGAUCUCCUUCCAGAGAGACAUCAGGGACUGUAACAUACUCUGUUUCACGGAAUCAUGGCUCUCUCCGGAUAUACUGUCCCCGUCCAUACAGCCAGCUGGGUUCUCAGUACAUCGCGCAGACAGGAAUAAAGAACUCUCCGGGAAGAAGAAAGGCAGUGGUGUAUGUUUCAUGAUUAACUACUAAUGGUGUGAUUGUGAUAACAUACAGAAACUCAAGUCCUUUUGUUCACCCAACCUAGAAUACCUCACAAUCAAAUGCUGACCGUAUUACCUCCCAAGAGAAUUCUCUUCAGUUAUAGUCACAGCCGUGUAUAUUCCCCCUCAAGCUGAUACCACGACUGGAAACCACAUAUCCUGAGGCCGCAUUUAUUGUAGCUGGGGAUUUUAACAAAGCAAAUUUGUGACUUGUUUCAGGAAACUAAGGCGUAUGUCGCGGGUCACUACUUCACAGGAGAGCCAUUUGAACAUAAACCUUUUUUUUUAAAUCAAAAUGUGUUUCUUGGCAGAAAUGCCUUCUGGAACAUGUGAACUUUCAUGUGCCUUAAUAAUAAACUUGUAUGCAAUCUGUAAAUAUAAAUAAAAUUGUUAAAUUACGAUCCUAGUUGGUUAAGCCACAGAAAAAGACAGCAAACUUCCCACUAGCCAUGAUUGGCUGAGAUAAUGAGUGGGCUGGACAUGCCGAGAGAGGAGUUCGGAUUGGUCUGCCAUAUAGAAGGCUUCUGUCUAUUUGAGCUGGUCAUUAUGUGUAGGUAAUCCUGUCUAACACUGCUUUUUUUUUAUGUAUCGUGUAGUGGAGCUGCAUAAGUGUUUUGAAAUCGGUGGAAUUAGAGUAUGAUAGCUAAAGAGAUGGAGAUAACACCUGUCUCCGGAUUACAUCUUCAAACUAAGGGCAACCAUGGCAACCGUGACAGGGAGACGCGUCCAUCAUGCAUGAUGUAUACGGGUCAGAUAGUCUAGCUAGCUACAUUUUCAGAUAUUACACGUUUCUAAUUUUGACAGAAAGUGGUUUCAUUUCAAGUGUAAUGUUAGCUAGCUAGCUAACGUUAGCUGGCUGGCUCGCUAGUUAAGGUUACGUGUAUGAUCUUAUUAUUUGUAUAUCAGAGCCAUUUGCUUGCUAACAUUGCACCUGGUUGGUUAGCUACCUGCAGAUUCAUGCAGGGUAGUAAAGUCAUGAGUUAGGAUUAUGGUUCAUUGUUUAACUAGCUAACGUUAGCUGGCUGGCUCGCUAGCUAACGUUACGUGUAUGAUGUUAUUAUUCAUAUCUCAGAGCCGUUUGCUUGGUUAGUUAGAGCCUAAUGUUAGCUAGCUAACAUUGAACAUGGUUGGUUACCUACCAGCAGAUUCGUCAGGGUAGUAACGUCAUGAGUUAGCACUAUGGUUCAUUGUUUAACUAGCUAACGUUAGCUGGCUGGCUCGCUAGCUAACGUUACGUGUAUGAUGUUAUUAUUCGUGUCUCAGAGCCAUUUGCUUGGCUAGUUAGAGCCUAAUGUUAGCUAGCUAACAUCGAACCUGGUUGGUUAGCUACCAGCAGAUUCAUGCAGGGUAGUAACGUCAUGAGUUGGGAUUUUGGGACAUUGUUUAGCUAGGUAGCUAACGUUAGCUGGCUGGCUCGCUUGCUAACGUUACGUGACGUGUAUGAUCUUACAAGUUGUUUACCUAGCUAGCUAGCUACAUAUCUUAACAAAAGACUCCACUAUGCAAGUAACCAUUUCGGGUGCGUUCGUAAAUUCAAUCUGAGUAUGCCAGAGCGCAGAAUAACUGAUGAAUUUACGAACGCACAACACCCGUUGAAUAUGGCCAUUGUCAGUAAACGUCGGCAAAAAGGUGUCAUUAAAUUGUUGCCAGCAGAGCUGGUUAGGCUGUUUUCAUGUUAUCCAGAGGUAAACAAUGAACCAUAAUCCCAAUUUUGUGUCUGAAAGUAAAUAGCAAGCUAGCCAAUGUUAGCCAGUUAGCUUGGGUGCUUGACUACCGUUGUGAGGUCAGAACACUCGGAUCAACCUUACUUAUCGGCCAGAGCGUCAAGUGUGCGCUCUGAACGCUCCGAGAGCGAAACGAGAUGGGUGGGGCUAAAGCUUAAGAGGGUGUGAACGAUGCUGAAUGGGUGUAGAUAAAGAAAAGCUCUUCACUAGGUACCAAAACAUUCAAAGGCCAUUUUCUCAAAAGUGAGACUACAAGUUUAUCAACAUUCAAAGCAGAAUUACUUUCCCAUUGUUCCAUUAAAUGCAGUGUAUGAUAUACCAUUUUGUAGCUCUGUGUCUCUGCUUUUUUUCCAAUGUAAAAAACACAAUUUCAAAUUUUGCUACAUAAAACCGAAUCAAGGCGGUUGGUCACAUUUGAGGAAAACGCUACCAAAGUUCUAACAACACAUUGACUGUAGUAGUCGCUCUGGUAAAACACUCGACCACUGCUACUCCCCCUUUCGAAAGGCCUACAAGGCCCUCCCCCGCUCUCCCUUCGGCAAAUCAGAUCACGACUCCAUUUUGCUCCUCCCUUCCUAUAGGCAGAAACUCAAACAGGAAGUACCCGUGCUAAGGUCUAUUCAACGCUGGUCUGACCAAUCGGAAUCCAUGUUUAAAGAUUGUUUUGAUCACACGGACUGGGAUAUGUUCCGGGUAGCCUCUGAGAAUAACAUUGACGUAUACACGGACACGGUGACUGAGUUCAUCAGGAAGUGUAUAGGGGAUGUUGUUCCCACUGUGACUAUUAAAACCUACCCAAACCAGAAACUGUGGAUAGAUGGCAGCAUUCGCGCAAAACUGAAAACCAUGGCAAGGUGACUGGGAAUAUGGUUGAAUACAAACCUUCUUCGCCCGCUUUGAGGAUAACACAGUGCCAUCGACGCAGCCCACUCCCAAGGACUGUGGGCUCUCGUUCUCCGUGGUCAAUGUGAAAAAGAGAUUUAAGCGUGUUAACCCUCGCAAGGCUGCCGGCCCAGACGGCAUCCCUAGCCGCGUCCUCAGAGCAUGCGCAGACCAGCUGGCUGGAGUGUUUACGGACAUAUUCAAUCUCUCCCUAUCCCAGUCUGCUGUCCCCACUUGCUUGAAGAUGUCCACCAUUGUUCCUGUACCCAAGAAAGAAAAGGUAACUGAACUAAAUUACUAUUGCCCCCUAGCACUAACUUCUGUCAUCAUGAAGUGCUUUGAGAGGCUAGUUAAGGAUCAUAUCAUAUCUACCUUACCUGACACCCUAGACCCACUUCAAUUUGCUUACCGCCCCAAUAGAUCCACAGACCAUGCAAUCGCCAUUGCACUGCACACUGCCCUAUCCCAUCUGGACAAGAGGAAUACCUAUGUAAGAAUGCUGUUUAUUGACUAUAGCUCAGCCUUCAACCCCAUAGUACCCUCCAAGCUCAUCAUUAAGCUCGGGGCCCUGGGUCUGAACCCCGCCCUGUGCAACUGGGUCCUGGACUUCCUGACGGGCUGCCCCCAGGUGGUGAAGGUAGGAAACAACAUCUCCACUUCACUGAUCCUCAACACUGGGGCCCCACAAGGGUGCGUGCUCAGCCCCCUCCUGUACUCCCUGUUCACCCAUGACCGCGUGGCCAAGCGUGCCUCCAACUCGAUCAUCAAGUUUGCAGACGACACAACAGUAGUAGGCUUGAUUACCAACAAUGACGAGGCAGCCUACAGGGAGGAGGUGAGGGCUCUGGUGGAGUGGUGCCAGGAAAAUAACCUCUCCCUCAACGUGGAGAAGGUGGAAAAGCCUCAAGUUCCUCGGUGUACACAUCACUGACAAUCUGAAAUGGUCCACCCACACAGACAGUGUGGUGAAGAAGGCGCAACAGCGCCUCUUCAACCUCAGGAGGCUGAAGAAAUUUGGCUUGGCCCUUAAGACCCUCAGAAACUUUUACAGAUGCACAAUUGAGAGCAUCCUGUCGGGCUGUAUGCUGUAGCGUUAAGAUUUCCCUUCCCUUGAACUAAGGGGCCUAGCCCCAGACCAUUAUUCCUCUUCCACCAAACUUUACAGUUGGCACUAUGCAUUCCGGCAGGUACUGUUCUCCUGGCAUCCGCCAAACCCAGAUUCGACCGUCGGACUGCCAGUUGGUGAAGCGUGAUUCACCACUCCAGAGAACACGUUUCCACUGCUCCAGAGUCCAAUGGCGGCGAGCUUUACACCACUCCAGCCGACGCUUGGCGUUGCGCAUGGUGAUCUUAGGCUUGUGUGCGGCUUCUCGGCCAUGGAAACCCAUUUCAUGAAGCUCCCGACGUACAAUUAUUGUGCUGACGUUGCUUCCAGAGGCAGUUUAGAACUGAGUGUUGCAACCGAGGACAGACGAUUUUUACGCGCUACGCGCUUCAGCACACGGCGGUCCUGUUCUGUGAGCUUGUGUGGCUUACCACUUCGCGGCUGAGCCGUUGUUGCUCCUAGACGUUUCCACUUCACAAUAACAGCACUUACAGUUGACCGGGGCAGCUCUGGCAGGGCAGAACAUUUACAAACUUACUUGUUGGAAAGGUGGCAUCCUAUGACGGUGCCACAUUGAAAGUCACUGAGCUCUUCGGUACGGGCCAUUUUACUGCCAAUGUUUGUCUAUGGAGAUUGCAUGUCUGUGUGCUUGAUUUUAUACACCUGUCAGCAACGGGUGUGGCUGAAAUAGCCGAAUCCACUCAUUUGAAGGGCCAUGUAGUGUAUGUGUAUAUUUAUGCCACCUAUUCUCUUGUGUGUGUACAGGUAGAGGCUGUCAAUCUGAACAACAACAACCACCCUGCGCUCCAGAGCCGUUCACUUAAUAAAAAUGGCCGCUCCUUCGUAGCGGGUCUCCCGGCAGGACUAGGUGGCUUGGAGCUGAAGUUGGAGGGUCUGGAGGAUGUUGAGCAGUAUGAGCUUCAUCACAGCCAUCACAACCAGCAGGGUCACAGACACAGCUCUGACAGCCACAGCCAGCGCUCCGACGAGGAGAACGAGUCACACAAGACACAAGGAGACAGCAUGACCAGGUGAGGACAGCAAAAAACAGCUUUAUACUCUCUGUCUCUUUGCCUCUAGACUGGUCCCAGAUCAGCUUUAUGCUCUCUGUCUCUCUGCCUCUAGACUGGUCCCAGAUCAGCUUUAUACUCUGUCUCUCUGCCUCUAGACUGGUCCCAGAUCAGCUUUAUACUCUGUCUCUCUGCCUCUAGCUUGGUCCCAGAUCAGCUUUAUACUCUCUCUCUCUGCCUCUAGACUGGUCCCAGAUCAGCUUUAUACUCUCUGUCUCUCUGCCUCUAGCCUGGUCUCAGAUCAGCUUUAUGCUCUCUUUAUCUGCCUCUAGCCUGAUCCCAGAUCAGUUUGUGCUGUCUUGUCAGAGUUGGCAAGAUAUAAUUAUUAUUAUAGCUAUUCUCCCUCUACCCAGCGGGGGACAUAGUUGUUAUGACAUCAUUUCAACAAGCUUUGCCUGCUGGCUGGGUAGCUGCCUAUCUAUCUGUUUGAGUGGUAAAAACUGGUAAUGAAUUCAAUAUUCAACUAGAUUAAUUUUUUUAAUGAUCAGAAGAAGAGAUAGUUCCUGUAGUUCCAACUCAACCCCACUAAAAUAUCCAAAGUGUUCAAAGAAUUCCCACCAGAGGGCGCCACAUAGCAACUGCCAAUUCUAGUACCGACCCCCACUUUCUUUUCUCCCUUUCAGCAGCAUCCACGAGGACGAGGAUAACCUGAGUCCAGAGCAGAGGGCUGAGCGGGAGCGGGAGCGGCGGAUGGCUAACAACGCCCGCGAGCGCCUUCGGGUCCGUGACAUCAACGAGGCGUUCAAAGAGCUGGGUCACAUGACACAGCUGCACCUGAAGAGCGAGAAGCCUCAGACUAAGCUGCUUGUCUUACACCAGGCCGUGGCUGUAAUACUUAGUCUAGAGCAACAGGUCAGAGGUCAGUACUGCUGCCAUCUUGAACAGGUCUCUCUUGCAAAAUAGAUUAUGGCUAUUUCUUAAUGAAUCUUUCCUCGCAUUCUCUCUCCUCGGCUCCUUCUCAAAACACAUUGGAGGAGAAGGUCUGAGGAGAGGGACAUUGUAUCUUCUCUUCCAAUAAGAUUGAGAAGGAGAUUAAGAAAAUAUAGAAAUAUAGUUAUUAUCUAAUAACCUGUAUAAAUAAAGGUUGAAUGAGUAAGUACUUCACUACAGUGGAACAUGAAUCGAUGGGAGGGGCUGCGUAGAAGAGGAUACGUCCUGGUUCCCUGGCUGGUCUAUGAGACAGUACUAACGUUGAUGUCCUGGUUCCCUCGCUGGUCUAUGAGACAGUACUAACGUUGAUGUCCUGGUUCCCUGGCUGGUCUAUGAGACAGUACUAACGUUGAUGUCCUGGUUCCCUCGCUGGUCUAUGAGACAGUACUAACGUUGAUGUCCUGGUUCCCUGGCUGGUCUAUGAGACAGUACUAACGUUGAUGUCCUGGUUCCCUGGCUGGUCUAUGAGACAGUACUAACGUUGAUGUCCUGGUUCCCUGGCUGGUCUAUGAGACAGUACUAACGUUGAUGUCCUGGUUCCCUGGCUGGUCUAUGAGACAGUACUAACGUUGAUGUCCUGGUUCCCUGGCUGGUCUAUGAGACAGUACUAACGUUGAUGUCCUGGUUCCCUGGCUGGUCUACGGGACAGUCCUAACGUUGAUGUCCUGGUUCCCUGUCUGGUCUACGGGACAGUACUAAUGUUGAUGUCCGUGUGAUCUGCUACCUCUAGAGCGUAACCUGAACCCCAAGGCAGCCUGUCUGAGGAGGAGGGAGCAGGAGAAUACGUCAGCUGGGUUAACGGACGCCCAGGGCCUGCAUCAACACCAGGCAUCACUACAUCCUGGACUAGAGGCAGCUAACCCCAUGGGACAUCAUCUCUAAACACCUAAAACAGGUACAGUACAAAUAUCUCUUCUUCUUCUUCUUCUUCUUCUUCUUCUUCUUCUUCUUCUUCUUCUUCUUCUUCUUCUUCUUCUUCUUCUUCUUGUUCUUGUUCUUGUUCUUCUUGUUCUUGUUCUUCUUCUUGUUCUUCUUGUUCUUGUUCUUCUUCUUGUUGUUCUUCUUCUUGUUCUUGUUCUUGUUCUUGUUCUUGUUCUUGUUCUUGUUCUUGUUCUUGUUCUUGUUCUUGUUCUUGUUCUUCUUCUAUAGCGUGUUGAUCCAAGUUGAAUAAUCCAUAUUGUGAGAACAUUACAACCCAUUUUUCUUUCUUUCUACAGAUGAAGUGAAGGAGGAGGAUCAUCUCCAGAUGGUGAAAGACCAUCCAAUGACGUUCAGUGUUAUCUCUAGGACCCGGUAGUGAAGAAACUGAAGGUUUUUCGGUGUAUGGGAAAAGUGUUGCAGCAGCUAAUUAACCAUGAUAGUAGUGACAAUUUCCUCCUAACCAUCCUGAUCGACUUUCACCUGUGCCUAAACUUACUUGUAACCAGCAAAUGUUUUGUACAAUAUGUUUUAUAUUCGUUAGUACAGUGAAAGAAAAAAAAACAAAGCACUGUCUUGUGUAAAACAACGUUUAUUUCAUAUUUUUACUCUCCUCUGCCGUACAGCAUUUACUGCAAUGCAGCCUCCGCAGAAGUCAGAGCAUUCAUAGUUGUUGAGCUUCGAGGAGCUGUCAUACGCAUCCAAUAAAUUGGUCUGAACCGCACCACUCGUAGUGAAUCAGGGCUAAUCUCUAUAGCCAUCCAGCGAAUUACAAGCAACUGGCUAAACGAAAAGACAGGACCUUACCUCCUCUGAGAUGUUGGCAUCUGUUUCCCAGUGUUUGACAUAGGAGCUCAGCCAAGAUAGCAUGAGGUAAAAAGGCUGCGUCUCCAUCCCGAAUCUCCCCAUCGCCCCCCAAGCAAAAUGUGCCUAUUGUUUACAUGUGUAUUUCACACUUUGUUGAAGAGUAUAAUGUUUGUAUUGAUGUCAACCCCAAUACAUGUUCAUGUCAUCAUCAUCAUCAACCAACUGCAUUACAGUUAAAAACUACUUUGACUACCACCACCGAUUUCUGUAUGCUAGCUAUGCUACCAGUUUAUACGAAUGGGAGUUAGCAUUUAGCAGUCACUUUUUAUAAACCUGAAAAGGGACAACUUACAUUUUUACAUUUUACAUUUUAGUCAUUUAGCAGAUGCCCUUAUCCAGAGCGACUUACAGUUAGUGAGUGCAUACAUUUUUUUUUUCAUACUGGUCCCCCGUGGGAAUCGAACCCACACACCUGCCAUAAAAUUAUGUAACUUCUAAAUGUUAUGCAACGAAAAACUGCCAAAUAUAUCCAAAUCGGAUUUUAGUAACCACAUUGUGGGCCUGUUACAAUACAUCAAUCAUGACGAAUUUGGCAAAUAUCCUCUUUGUUCGAUCAGAUUUGUUGAAUGUGUGCCAAUUCAGCAUCCUUCUAUCCUCCAGCAUUCCAUUGACCUCUUUACUACAUAUAUCCCCAUUACCGCCCCGAUCUCUUUCCAGGAGUUCAAACUAAUUAUUGUGUCUUUGAAAUCCCUACACGAGGUAUCGUAAAUAUGUUUUUUUAUUUGUGAACUUGUUCUGAUAGCCUUUUCGUCAACGUUUUUUUUUUUUGGCAAGGAAGUUGGCAAGGAAGUGAGUUUGUGUUUAUACAGGAUGUACCACCCCACCUACCGUCAACCAAUCAUGUCAAUGCAGAACUAUAUGGAGCUGUGCGGAUCACUCCGCAUUGUUACAAAAUUUGGGAGGCGCAUGGCAUCGCCGUACGGAGCUCAAUUUGGCCUCCGCAAGCCUCCGGAGGCACCGCAAUUGAGUCACGCCCUCCAUAUGGAGCCUCUGGGCCGCAUGCCAGAUCAAGCAUAAAUUGUCUUUAAGGCUGAUACAAGCUUAUAUCAGCCUUAAAGACAAUUUAUGCUUGCUCCAGCAAUAUGAUCUGGAGGUUCUGUGCAGAGGGUGUGAGGCAAUGGUGGAGCCUCCGGAGGCUUGCAGUGGCCAAAUCGAUCUCCGUACCACAUCACUGUGCGCCUCCCAAAUGUUUUAAACAACGCAGAGGGCUCCAUAUAGCUCCACAUUUUACAUGAUUGGUUGACGGUAGGUGAGGGCGGGAGUUCCUGUAUAAACACAAAACUCACUUCCUUGACAACUUCCUUCACAACAGUUCUGCGCUGCUCCGCAAAGUGAAGCACAAGAAGUGUGAACGCCCUGACUUCUGCAGAGACCGUAUCAGAGUAAAGGCUGCACGGCCACUGCAGAUGUCGGAUUGACCAUGCAGAGCCUUUUAGUUGUAUGUACAAGCUAGUGCUUAGGCAGAGUCCACAUUUUUGGAGCUAAAUGCACAUUUUGCUUAGCUACAGAUGGAUUAAUACUUUAAUUGAAAAUAUUGAAUACUUGUUACUAACUUUUUGUAGUUUAUAUUUUCUACAAUUACUAAUAAUAUCUGAAUUACAGAUCUUUAAUUUUAAACAAAAAAUUUGUUUAUGUCACAUAUUUUAACAGACACUGUAAAUAAUGAUGCCCUAAACAAUCCAGUGUAUAUUGGAGAGUUCCAUAAUGGGGGAUGUCUUUGUAAAACCCAUAUCUUUCAGUUAUGUACUGUUAUGUUGAUGAGCGUCACAUAUGUCAUCUACAGUAAAUGUAAACCAUAAAAUGAUGUAGCGAAAAAUGUUUUUUUAAGAUAUCAUAAGUAUUUCUUAUUUUUCAGAGAAAAAAAAAAUUCUCAGAAAAGACAUACGGUAUGUAUAAUUCGAGGAGUUAACGAUAAUGAUGACGAUGAACACCUGCGCCAUUUGGUGAAUGGCUGGACAAUUCCGCUAGGGGGAACACGUAGUUGUGAAUAGAGACUGGAAUGGGGAGGGGGAAUCCCAAGCGCUAUAAAACAGCUCCCACAACACUGUCACUUCAGCCAGGCACUACUUUAACAGAAAUACGCGAAUUUAGGUAAGAAAAUCACACAGAUUUGCGCACAGGAACACUUUUCUAAACUGUCUAACUGUUACUCGAACCAAUUGCACAGUUAGUGCUUCAUAAAGUGAUUCUCGUUUUGGCAUUGCCUGGGUAGGCUAUUUUAUCGUUCAAGAACAUCACGUAUGAUGCGCUAGUAAAGGGAGAGUGGUGUUUUAUUAUCGGCUGGUAAAACUGCGCAGACGAUUAUCCAUGCAUAUAUCCUUUGUCUUUAAUUACAAUCGUACAAAUAUAUGUUGAUAAAGUAGACACAUUUUUGAUAUUGGUUAAUUAAAAACGUUAUGUUCUAUUUAUUUUCAUUAAAGAAGUGUACUCCCACGGGGCAAAAACUGGUUUAAUGUUGUUUCCACGUCAUUUCAAUCCCCCAAAUCAAAGUGAAGACGUUGAAUCAACGUGGAAAACUCAGUGGAUUUGCAAAAAGUCAUUUUGUAUUUUUUUUUCACCUUAACUUUUAACCUACAGUUGAAGUUGGAAGUUUACAUACACUUAGGUUGGAGUCAUUAAAACUCGUUUUUCAACCACUCCACAAAUUUCUUGUUAGCAAACUAUAGUUUUGGCAAGUCGGUUAGGACAUCUACUUUGUGCAUGACACAAGUAAUUUUUCCAACAAUUGUUUACAGACAGAUUAUUUCACUUAUAAUUCACUGUAUCACAAUUCCAGUGGGUCAGAAGUUUACAUACACUAAAUUGACUGUGCCUUUAAACAGCUUGGAAAAUUCCAGAAAAUUAUGUCAUGGCUUUAGAAGCUUCUGAUAGGCUAAUUGACAUCAUUUGAGUCAAUUGGAGGUGUACCUGUGGAUGUAUUUCAAGGCCUACUUUUUUGCUUGACAUCAUGGGAAAAUCUAAAUAAAUCAGCCAAGACCUCAAUUUCCAAACACCUGAAGGUACCACGUUCAUCUGUACAAACAAUAGUAUGCAAGUAUAAACACCAUGGGACCAUGCAGCCGUCAUACCGCUCAGGAAGGAGACGCGUUCUGUCUCCUAGAGAUUAACGUACUUUGGUGCGAAAAGUGCAAAUCAAUCCCAGAACAACAGCAAAGGACCUUAUGAAGAUGCUGGAGGAAACUGGUACAAAAGUAUCUAUAUCCACAGUAAAACGAGUCCUAUAUCGACAUAACCUGAAAGGCCGCUCAGCAAGGAAGAAGCCACUGCUCCAAAACUGCCAUUAAAAAGCCAGACUACGGUUUGCAACUGCACAUGGGGACAAAGAUCGUACUUCUUGGAGAAAUGUCCUCUGGUCUGAUGAAACAAUAAUAGAACUGUUUAGCCAUAAUGACCAUCGUUAGGUUUGGAGGAAAAAGGGGAAGCUUGCAAGCCGAAGAACACCAUCCCAACCGUGAAGCACGGGGGUGGCAGCAUCAUGCUGUGGGGGUGCUUUGCUGCAGGAGGGACUGGUGCACUUCACAAAAUAGAUGGCAUCAUGAGGAAGGAAAAUUAUGUGGAUAUAUUGAAGCAACAUCUCAAGACAUCAGUCAGGAAGUUAAAGCUUGGUCGCAAAUGGGUCUUCCAAAUGGACAAUGACCCCAAGCAUACUUCCAAAGUUGUGGCAAAAUGUCUUAAGGACAACAAAGUCAAGGUAUUGGAGUGGCCAUCACAAAGCCCUGACCUCAAUCCUAUAGAAAAUGUGUGGGCAGAACUGAAAAAGCGUAUGCGAGCAAGGAGGCCUACAAACCUGACUCAGUUACACCAGCUCUGUCAGGAGGAAUGGGCCAAAAUUCACCCUACUUUUUGUGGGAAACUUGUGGAAGGCUACCUGAAACAUUCUUAAAAUAAAGUGGUGAUCCUAACUGACCUAAGACAGGGAAUCAUUACUAGGAUUAAAUGUCAGGAAUUGUGAAGUGAGUUUAAAUGUAUUUGGCUAAGGUGUAUGUAAACUUCCAACUUCACCUGUAAAUCCAAUGACAUGGUGAAAUUUUUUUGUUUGUUGAUUUCACGUUGAAUUCACAAUAGUUAACAACUCAACCAAAUGUAAAACAAAACCUAGAUGUUGAACUGACAUCGGUGCCCAGUGGGCUGUAACAAGGUAACAACUGUCACCUAUAAUACAGUGCUUUUGCAUGUUGUUUAUUUCAAUAACAAUGUACAUUGUUAUAAAACAAACCUGUGUGUGUAUUUUUUUUGGUUCAAUAACUGAUUUUCUCUCAUAAUCAUGUCAUCCACUGUAGACGAUGACAGUCUGGUCGGAGUGUGUGUGUGGAUGACAGAAGUCUGGUUGGAGCGACCACAGCCAGUGGUGGUCGUCAUGCAGCAGUAGUGUCCUGUAUACAAUAGUUACACUGUUAGCACACUGAAUAAACUGUUUUCUAUGUCAAUGUGAUGUUGGUGUUUUCUCUGUCUGUGGCUUGCUGGUUAGUACAGCUGUCUGAGUGACAUCAGAGGCUCUUGGGAUGUCAUCGUCAGUUGGUCCACAUGACUCGUCUCUGUUUUGUAAACAGUCGCCUCGUCCACCUGAUGCCACAGAAAGUGAUGUGUUUUUCCCCUGGGGUAAACUGUUGCAAAGACAGGGUGGUUAUUGGAGCCUCCAGGUUAAGAAGAGCCUUGGUGAUGGUUAGUCAACUAAUGAACAAUCAGCUUCUAAUGUGUUGUAUUUGCGCCUUUAUAGCUGUGAACCUCUUCAGUUCUGAGGGAGGUCCUCUGUUCAUUCAGGACUAGUGUGGACCCAGCAAACACACAACCACCACACAACGUUGUCUCUAAUUUUUUACAUUUUAGUCAUUAAGCUGUGAACGCUCUUAUCAGAGCCUCUUCAGUAUGAGGACAUAUUGUGUGGACUGCCCUCGGAACAAACCCACAACGCCUAGUCUUUGCAUAGCGUGCUCUUAUCCAACUGAGACUUACAGUUCUGAGGCAUUCUCCUUUAUCUGGACCUGUGGGCCAAUGCAACCCCCCAUGGGUUCCAACGUCCGGCUCUACAGAGCUACAUCAGAGGCCAUCUACCUGGACCACGUGACAUUAGUGGCCAGCCCACUGGCUCACGCGGGCGGCUACGACAGAGCUGGAUCUCACGAACCAGGACAGUGAGCCUUUGCCAGGACUUCGUGGAGGAUGAAUGGAGUCAAGAAGGAGCGAGUAUGUUAUCAGACUUAUAGAUAUUAUAGUAUUAUUAGUUAUAUGAUUAUGAUUGAUAUUUAGUAUUAUAUAUAUUAUAUAUGUAGUUAUUAUUAUUAUUAUUAUGAUAUUAUUAUUAUUAAUUAUUAUUAGUAUUAUUAUUAUUUAUUAUUAUUAUUAUUAUUAUUAUUAUUAUUAUUUAUUAUUAUUUAUUAUUAUUUAUUAUUAUUAUUAUUUAUUAUUUAUUAUUUAUUAUUUAUUAUUUAUUAUUAUUAUUAUUAUUAUUUAUUAUUAUUAUUAUUAUUAUUAUUAUUAUUAUUAUUAUUAUUAUUAUUUAUUAUUAUUAUUAUUAUUAUUAUUAUUAUUAUAGAAUACAACAUGGCUACAACAUGCAGCAGCCCAGACCUGGUCCCAGAGGCAGCCCUCGCCCUCACAGUGACAGCAGCAUGUUUGGGGUGAGGAUACAAGUCCAGGGGAUUGGGGGGUCUUCCUUACGUUGUAUUGAACAACGGGGAUAGUAGAGCAUCUCUGCCAUCUGGUGGCCUGGAGAGCUACAGCAGGAACUGGGACCACCAGGAAGUGUCUGUCAACGCCCACAGCCAGUCUGAUUACGCCUCCAUGGUGAAUGAUAGGCCAUCUCCAUUAGGUAGUCCCUAUGUGGAGCGCAGACUUUCCAACCACCAGGGGAAGUAUGCUCUUGGCUGUUCUCUGACUGAGGUUAGGAAGGGUAGGGAGUCACAGAGGACUCAUGCUGGCGUCCACCGCGUCCAUGUUCGACUUCCAGGAGUCACAUUUACAGCAGUCACAGAGGACCAAUGCCGACGUCUAAGACGGUGUUGAACUUCCAGAGACACCCAGAGCUGCUGAAACCCUACGCCCCAGACAGGGACAGCCUCAGCCCCCUCCUCUUCUCCUCCACCCGAAGACUCUCUGUUCCCCCCACUCAGACAGCCUCUGUCCCUAGGCCAGGGACAUCUCGCCAUGGGGUCUCCAGAGUAAGGCAGGGGGCCACCCUGAUCCAGACUGAAGGGUCUAGACCAGGACCAGCCAGGAGCCCUCUGCCUGCUGGGGGUGUAGAGAGGGCCCCCACCCCUGUCUCUUCCACCACCCAGACCCAAUGCCCCAGGCCCUGCCCCGUGUCUCGGCCCCGGCUCUCCACCACUCUUCUUUGGCCACCUUACUAAGCCCUCCAAAACGAGGUCACCAACGUCCCCAGGAGAUCCCUCAAACUCAGUGGACACAGAGCCCCAUCUCCUCCGUAGGAGGCCUUAUCAACCAGUUCGACAGACCCCAGCAGAUGAGCCGAGCUGGGCCUAGGAGAGGGAGAAUAGCCCCUGAGGACCGGAGGCGGCGUGGGCAGCAGACGACAGCGUCACUCAGAUCAAUCGGACCACUCCAGCCCUGCCUCGGCCGUCAGAUGGGGCCAGGGGAGAGACUCCAGGCGGAGCCACCAGAGCCCCAGGGUCACCUUAAGGGGAGAGGGGCCAACGGACUCUCCACUCUGAUGUUUAAUAAACUACAGUGGAGAAGGCCUCCCUGACCAGAUCCAGGUCUCUCAACCACACGGAGGAGGAGUCAGAGAGUGAAAUUCAGGUAAAGAGAUUAGCUUUAGAGGUUUACUCGGGUAAAGAUAAGUUUUUACUUAAUUCCUUCUAGGGAGUUUUUAACUGUGCUUUUACUUGCUCUUUGUGGGUCCCGGUCGGGUUACUGUAAAAAUCCUACAAUGUGAUUUUCUGGAUUUUUCUUUCUCAAUUUGUCUGUCAUAGUUGACGUGUACCUAUGAUGAAAAUUACAGGCCUCUCUCAUCUUUUUAAGUGGGAGAACUUGCACAAUUGGUGGCUGACUAAAUACUAUUUUUCCCCACUGUAACUGGUAUGUUGUUCUGUACAGUAGUUAUAUAACUGGUAUGUUGUUCUGUACAGUAGUUAUUUGACUGUGGUAUGCUGGUGUCAUUGAACUCAUUGCGUCUGGUUUUGGUAUUCCUUCAGGACCAAUGAUAAAACCUCCACCACUCAGAAGAAGGUGAACCUGAUGUUGGACAGAAUAAGCCAACUGAAGUGGAAGACUGCAGGGAACGUGGAGGAGGAGAUCAGGGUGAGGUUGGAUGACAUGGCUCAGAUGGUUGGUUGGACUGAGCUAGGGGAUCCCCAGCCAGACAUGGCUCAGAUGGUUGGUUGGACUGAGCUAGGGGAUCUCCAGCCAGACAUGGCUCAGAUGGUUGGCUGGACUGAGCUAGGGGAUCCCCAGCCAAAACGUUUGAAAACCACUGCUCUAGUAUACACAGAUGGUUGAGACUGCCACAUAGAAGCAUUACGAUCUUACUAUCUUGUAUGUUAUACUAAUGCAUUCAUAUAUUUGUAAAUACCUAUGUAUUUCAGUGUAAAGGAAAGAAAAGUAAAGUUGGGUAACUUAAUGUGUCUGUCUGUGAGGCGGGUUGUGAUGAGAGUGUUGUUGGACCCGUUGUUGGACCUGUUGUAGGACCUGUUGUAGGACCUGUUGUUGGACCUGUUGUUGGACCUGUUGUUGGACCCGUUGUAGGACUAUGCUGCUAAGGCCAAGGAGCUUCAGAAGAGAGGAGCAGAGGUGGAGAGAGAGGUGUCACAGCUGAAGACAGCUGGAGCAUAAGACCAUGCUACAGUACAACACAAUACAGUACAGUACAAUACAGUACAGUACAGUACAAUACAGUACAACAGUACAGUACAGUACAAUACAAUACAGUACAGUACAAUACAGUACAGUACAGUACAAUACAAUACAACACAGUACAGUACAAUACAACACAGUACAGUACAAUACAGUACAGUACAAUACAGUACAGUACAAUACAGUACAGUACAACAGUACAGUACAGUACAUACAAUACAAUACAGUACAAUACAGUACAACACAGUACAACACAGUACAGUACAAUACAAUACAGUACAAUACAGUACAACACAGUACAGUACAAUACAACACAGUACAGUACAAUACAAUACAGUACAAUACAGUACAAUACAAUACAGUACAAUACAGUACAACACAGUACAGUACAAUACAACACAGUACAGUACAAUACAAUACAGUACAAUACCAGUUACAGUACAAUACAGUACAAUUACAGUACAAACACCGUACAGUACAAUACAGUACAGUACAAUAACAACACUGUACAGUACAGUUACAUACAGUACAACACAGUACGUACAAUACAGUACAGUACAAUACAACACUGUACAGUACAGUACAUUACAGUACAGUACAAUACAGUACAGUACAAUACAACACUGUACAGUACAGUACAAUACAGUACAGUACAGUACAACACAGUACAGUACAAUACAGUACAGUACAAUACAACACUGUACAGUACAGUACAAUACAGUACAGUACAAUACAGUACAGUACAAUACAGUACUCCCAGCAGGAGAUUUGUACUUGUUUUCUCCUUACGUACAUGGAGUGACGGCCAGCUCGGACUCAUUUCAUCUUACUAGUACUGAUUUUGCAGAUGGCGUUAUUUUUGGGGUGAUCGUUAAAUGUGGUUGUUUUACCUACUUUAGUUGAAUGCACUGAGUGUGUAUGUGUGUCCUGCAGCGUGGUCGGAGUCUGGCGGAGGUGUGUUACAAGGCACAGACAGACAUGAAGACUGUUCAGGAGGAACUGGACAGGAGACAGGAAGAACUCUCCACAUUGAAAUUCAAAGUCAAUUAACUAAUAAUAAUCAAGGUGGAUUAUGGUCCUAAACCAAAUCCCGAGCUGGCCGUCACAGGCUGGCUCAGGUGGAGGCGGAGCUUGAAGUCGCCAUCGAGGAGGAAGAGCAUUUCCACAAGUGCGUAGGGGUCUAGAAGUCAUUUUGGGAUUUGGUUUAGGACCAUAAUCCACCUUGAUUAUUAUUAGUUAAUUGACUUUGAAUUUCAAUGUGUUGGCAUGCAGAAGGUUGUGAGUUUGAUCCUAGGUUGGGAAAGACAAACGCUGUUAUAUUUUUUUCUACUAAUAUUCCACCCAUCUCCUGUGUAUUCUAACCUCCUCUCUCCCUGCUAGAGUAACACAGUGCUGAGCCAGGAGGAGGAGGAGGAGGAGGAGGAGGAGGAGGAGGAGGAGGAGGAGGAGGAGGAGGAGGAGAGAGGAGGAGGAGGAGGAGGAGGAGGAGGAGGGGGAGGAGGAGGAGGAGGAUGA